GUACUGGCUUCGUGAGUGCCGAAAGCUAGCCAGGAAGUUGCGUGUCCUUGCUGACGCCGUGUCGCUCCCUCCUCUGCCACUUCACAGCUCCUGUUCGGCUUCGAUCAAGGAGUCAUGGGUGGUCUCCUCACCCUGCCCUCUUUUGUAUCCACCUUUCCCGAAAUCGACACCACGACCCCCGAGGGGUCUUCAGCCAACUCAUCACAGACAGUCCUGCAAGGUCUCACCAUUGGUCUCUACGAGAUCGGUUGCUUCAUCGGAGCCAUUUCCUGUCUCUGGCUAGGAGACAUGUUAGGACGACGCAAGAUCAUCUGGAUCGGGACAAUCAUUAUGAUCAUCGGAGCUAUCAUCCAGGCUGCUUCUUUCGGCAUUGCCCAGCUCAUCAUAGGACGAGUCAUUGGAGGUGUAGGGAAUGGUAUGCACACAGCGACUAUUCCAGUAUGGCAGUCAGAGUGCUCGCCUCCCCACAAGCGCGGUAUGCUCAUCAUGGUCGAAGGAGCAUUGAUCACUGGCGGCAUCGCCUUGGCCUACUGGAUAGACUUCGCUUUCUACUGGCUAGACCCCUCUUCGAGCAACGAUCCUGGAACCUACAGUCUUGACGACUACCCACACUCUUCCGCGUCUUGGCGGAUUCCGAUUGCCUUCCAGAUCGUCCUCUGCAUUCCCACUCUGGUAACGAUCUGGAUGCCAGAAUCGCCCCGAUGGCUUCUUCUGAGAGGAAGGGAAUCCGAGGCUCGAGGAGUCCUUGCUUCGCUUGAUAGGAUUGCUCUCAAUGAUAUCAGUAUUGCCGUCAAAAUCAAGGAGAUCAAGGAGUCAAUCGAGGAGGCACAGCACAAGGGUCUUCAAGAUCUCUUCAAGCAAGGCAAGGAGAGGAACUUCCACCGAACGGCUCUUGGUUUCGUCAUUCAGAUGUUCCAACAGAUCAGCGGUAUUAAUUUGAUUACCUACUAUGCCGCCACCAUCUUCGAGAGCAAUUUGGGGAUCAACCCCCUCGUAUCUCGCCUUCUAGCUGCAGCCAACGGUACGGAGUACUUCAUCGCCUCAUUCAUCGCUGUAUUCACGAUCGAGAAGUUCGGUCGAAGGAAGCUGAUGAUCUUUGGGGCCAUUGGCAUGAGCGCUUGCAUGGCAAUCUUGACCGGUUGCACAUCUCCAGCUGCACUCGACCCAGUCGGGGGUGACCCAACCGGAGAGGCUCAAAACGCAGCACCUGGAUAUGUCGCCGUCGUUUUCCUCUUCCUCUUCAACACCUUCUUCGCCAUCGGAUGGCUGGGUAUGACGUGGUUGUAUCCUGCUGAGAUCACACCUCUGUCGAUCAGAGCGGCUGCGAACGGUAUCUCUACAUCUGCAAAUUGGCUCUUCAACUUUAUGGUCGUCAUGGUAACCCCAAUCGCGUUUGCAAAUAUCCGAAACUACACAUAUCUGGUCUUCGCUGUCAUUAAUGCUUGCAUUGCCAUUACCUCGUGGUGGAUCUUCCCAGAGACCGCGGGUCGAUCGCUUGAGGAGAUGGACGGUAUCUUUGCUAGAUCCUCGUACAUCAAUCCUCAUGAUGUUGUUAGGGUAGAGAAGGCGACUCCCAGGAAAUACGACACCAAGGGUCGACUGCUGGAGCUCGAGAACGUGUUCUCUGAGGAAGGUGGAGUAGGCGAGAAGAAGACAUCUGCGGGAGGACCAUUGGAGCAGAGUUCUUCGGACCGGAGUAGCCAAUAAUGGGCUAGGGACCCUUUUGUGCCCCUUCGCCUACUUGAGACACGGAACGGGGCUUUUGUACCAUCUUAUGCUUUGGCAAUGUAACAACUAUGCCUCCCUCCACUCUUCAUCUCAACUUAUUCGCUCUAAUGUCUCUCGAUACGAUGCCACUUG